CCGUAGCAGCUUCUUCGUUUCCAACAUGGCUGCCAUCAGUAGAGGGGUGACUCCGAGCUGCAUAGCGAGGUGUUUUCUGCGACAGACUGGAAAACCGAGCCGGGGAAGUCAUUCUCUUCAAGACACUCGGAAUCAGCUGUUGCUGCAGAGGUCCCACCUUCACAUGCUGUUCAGAUGCAGCCGUCCUUCCAGCAGCCGACACCACGGGAAGCUUGUCUGGGUGAACGCCGUGGUCGUCAGACACAGCAGCUCACAGAUCCCUCCUGAUGAAGGAUCAGCAGCACCUCCUGAAGUAGUCGUCCUCAGCAGUCCUCCUGUCCUAGAGUCGUCCUCCAUGUCUCAGCCUGCUGAUGGGACCCCCGCCAUCACACAGACAGUUCCUGAACAGAUGACAGCUGAAAUGGUUUCCAUGACAACCUCAGCAGCGGAAAACUUAACUCUUCCUCCGUCUGACCCCGCCCCGGCUCUAACCCCGCCCCUCGUGGAGCAGGUGGUCGAUGCUGCUCCGACAGCAGCAGACGUCCUGCAGGCUGUGGCUGCAGAGCCUCUACUGGUAGAACUGGGUCUGGGCGGUUACACACCGGUGGGUCUCAUCCAGAACCUGUUGGAGUUCUUUCACCUCGGUCUGGGCCUGCCCUGGUGGGGGGCUAUCGUUACAGGGACGGUUCUGGCCCGUUUGGUCAUGUUUCCCAUCAUCGUGAAGGGUCAGAGAGAGGCGGCCAAGCUGAACAAUGUUCUGCCUCAGGUCACUAAACUGACCAACAAGAUGAACGAGGCGAAGCAGAGCGGAAACAAAUACGAAUUUGCCAAAGCGUUCUCUGAUCUGAACCUGUUCCAGAAGAAACAUGACGUGAAUCCUCUGAGAAGCUUCCUCGUUCCUUUGGUGCAGGCUCCAGUCUUCUUCUCCUUCUUCGUCGCUCUGAGGAAGAUGGCGUACCUGCCGGUGCCCAGCCUGCAGACAGGGGGCGCUCUGUGGUUCAUGGACCUAACGGCAGCAGAUCCGUUCUACCUUCUUCCUCUGGCUGUCACAGGAACCAUGUUCCUCAUCCUGGAGCUUGGUGCGGAGUCUGGCGUCAACAACCCCAACCUGCAAGCCAUGAAGACGGUAUUCAGGAUCAUGCCCUUGGCCAUCCUCCCUCUCACCAUCAAUUUCCCCACGGCGGUGUUCACAUACUGGAUGACCUCGAACUGCUUCUCUCUGUUCCAAGUUGUUCUGCUCAAAAACUUGUUCAUCAGAAACAAGCUGGGGAUCCCAAAUAUGAUCAAACACCCGGACUCAGAUGUGCCCAAGACCGAGGGGUUGAUCAAAGGCAUGAAGAAAGGUUGGAAGAACGCUCAGCUGGCCCAGCAGCUGGAGGAAAGGGAGAGAAGAGUAAAGAAGUGUCUGGACAUAGCUGCUAAAGGUCCACUGAGGCAGACGUUUACCCACAAUCCUCUGAAGCAGACUUCUUCAGCUAAACCAAAAGAAGUUGGAGUCAAAGCGAAGCUGUGGAAAGACACGAUUGGAUGAAUCCCACCAGCUGUUAGCCACACGCUGCUGUGAUUAUUGUACAUAUUUAUAAACAGGAGAAGAGAAAUGUGGGUAAAACGUAUUAUUCUAAAUCAAAUACAAGCUUUUCUUCCAGACACUUCCUGGUUGUUGUCGUCUUGUAUUUAUUUGUGCGUUCUGGACAGAAAUGAGUCGUUUUAAGUUGUGAAGUUAUUUUAUUAUAAAUACUCGACUUUCCCGG